UUCAACUUGGAAACAGAGCGUGCAUUUCCUGACUAAAAUAAUAGGCAUCAUAUUAUCUGUUGAUUUUUCACUUAAAUUUGCAAGCUAGUUCGCUAGAUAAGCAACCUAAACCAUGCUUCAUUCGACUGUCGUGUAGGCGUUGCUGCCACUGCAGAUCUGGAUAUUGCACCACUUCCUUAAUUGUUUACCUUUUUACUUUUAUUUUGGAGUUAACAGCGCACUAUGGCUACAGUAAAAUGGACUUGUAAUAUGAUUGCCACGACAAUCUUUCUAUCAUGUCCCCUGGUUUUAGAGUGUAAAAAGCCACCGCACAUAGUUUUUAUUUUAGCAGACGACUUCGGAUGGAACGAUGUUGGCUACCACGGUUCAGAGAUCAAUACACCAAAUCUGGACAAACUGUCAGCUAAAGGGGUCCGACUGGAGAAUUACUACGUUCAGCCCUUAUGUACACCUUCCAGGAACCAACUUAUGACCGGUAGAUAUCAGAUCCACACAGGCAUGCAGCACCAGAUUAUCUGGCCAUGUCAGCCAUACUGUGUUCCUCUGGAUGAGAAAUUGCUGCCACAGCUGAUGAGAGAGGCAGGCUAUGCCACCCACAUGGUGGGCAAGUGGCACCUGGGCAUGUACCGGAAAGACUGCCUGCCAACACGAAGAGGGUUUGACUCUUAUUUUGGCUAUCUGACAGGCAGUGAGGACUACUACACUCACCAGCGCUGCAGCCACGUCCCUCCCCUGAAUGUGACCCGCUGCGCCCUGGACCUGAGAGACGGGGAGGAGGUUGCUACCGGAUACACAGGCAUCUACUCCACUCAGCUGUUCACUGACAGGGUUACCAGCAUCAUCGCUAAGCACAACCCGGAAAAGCCUCUUUUCCUCUAUGUGGCUCUCCAAGCAGUCCACGAACCUCUCCAGGUUCCAGACCGCUACAUCACCCCGUACAGUUUCAUAAAGGACAAGAGCCGCAGGCUAUACGCUGGCAUGGUGUCAGCUAUGGAUGAGGCGGUGGGAAACAUCUCAUUUGCACUUGAGGAGACGGGACUCUGGGACAACACUGUACUGUUCUUCUCUACAGAUAAUGGAGGUCAGACUCUAGCUGGUGGUUCUAACUGGCCUUUGAGGGGAAGGAAGUGGUCACUUUGGGAAGGUGGGGUUAGGGGUGUUGGCUUCGUGACCAGCCCACUGCUGAAACAGCCUGGGACCGUCAACCGGCAGCUCAUGCACAUCUCUGAUUGGCUGCCAACUCUGAUGGGCUUGGCAGGGGGAUCGACCAAUGGGACGAAGCCGUUGGAUGGGUAUAAUGUAUGGAACUCUAUCAGUAAAGGCUCUGCUUCCCCCCGACUGGAGCUGCUUCACAACAUAGACCCUCUCUACGACGACAUCGCUCCGUGUCCUGGCAUGGGUUCCCAAGGAUCUGUUUCUACUGCUUCAGUGAGUGGUAUAGGCUUCCGCUCCUGGUCUAAUUCGGGCUUCAAUGUGUCCGUCCACGCAGCCAUCCGCAACAUGCAGUGGAAGCUGCUGACAGGCUACCCAGGCUGUGACCGCUGGUUCCCCCAUCCAGGCUUGUUGAAUAGUUCUGGAGCCAGGAGUUUUGAGUCUAGUUCUGAUAACCCUUUAAAGCCUGUGAUGUUGUUUGACGUGGAGGCUGACCCAGAGGAGCGGAACGAGGUGUCUGAUCAGUACCCGGAUGUAGUGGACAACCUCCUCAGAAGGCUGGACAGUUACCUGAAGAAUUCUAAGCCAAUCAUCUUCCCUGAUGAUGACCCCAGGUGUGACCCUGCCACCACUGGAGCAUGGGGGCCCUGGGAAUAGAGAUGAUGAAGAUGAUGAUGAUGAGGACGAAGGAGAUUUUCAGCUUUUGAGGGAGAAAAAAAAUAUUUCUCAGGAGUGUGUGUGUGUGUGUGUGAGUGUGUGUGUGCGUGCUAGUGUGUGUGCGUGUGCGUGCGCGCACGUGUACGUGUGAUUAAGUGUUUGUGUGAUGUGCAGUGCUGAGUUUAAUGUUUUAUAAUGCAGGCAAACCCAUGUCAGAUGAUGAUUUCACUGGAAUAUAACUCUGUCCGUCCAAGUUAAAGCCUCUUGUCUUUGAUCUUUCUAUAUGAUAUUAUUAUUCGCAUUUGAAACAACCUUUUUAGUAUUCCAUUUUGUGCAAUUAAAGAAAGAGACAUUGCUA